AUGGUCGGAAAAAGCCGAUAUUGUGAGAUAUGCGGCGUGAGAGAAAUUUUCAGAGGAGGCUUCUUUGCCAAAUUUCCCAAGGAUGAACUGCGGUGUAAAACUUGGCUUAGACUGGUUGGAAAAGAAGAUCUGAUUCAUGUCCCCAUAGAGAAGUUGCAUGAGCUACGUCAUGUUUGUGGUGACCACUUUGACCGGAGAGACUUUGGGAAGACAGGAAAUAAGCUAAAAAAAAGAGCAUAUCCAAAAUUAAAUCUUGCCGCACCUCCACUGACAGACCAUCAAUUAAGAGGAUUCCCUCAACAUGUAGCAAGUAGACGAGGUAACUUUUUAUUAGUUAACAUAUUUAUUAAUUAUCCUUUAAAACAGUGGAUAGUGCAAGAUGUUCUUCGUGAUCACAAUUAUUUUAAACAUAAUGAUGAUGAGGAAGACACGUCGACGAAAGCACAAACCCCAGUGUUUGACACCGCAACGUCUGCGACUACCAUUCGAGCUGAUCUUCAAUCUACAUGCCUAAGAAUUCAACCGGAUAAAGUGCAAGAUGUUCUUCGUGAUCACAAUUAUUUUAAACAUAAUGAUGAUGAGGAAGACACGUCGACGAAAGCACAAACCCCAGUGUUUGACACCGCAACGUCUGCGACUACCAUUCGAGCUGAUCUUCAAUCUACAUGCCUAAGAAUUCAACCGGAUAAAGAACUUGUAAAAAUGUUUACAGACAUGAGUCCAAGAAAAAAGAAGCUGGUGGAAAGACUAAAAAAGACAAGGUGCACCCUAGCGUCGUUACGAAAAAGUGCGACCGUGAUUGAAAAUAUCGAAUCGCCGGCUUUGAAAGAAAUUAUAAUAAAUGCCAGCAAAAACCAAUCCCGGAAGCCAACUGGACGACGGUGGACCACAAAAAACAAAAUUUCUUGCUUGGCGAUUCUGAAAAGAUCUGCCAAAACAUAUAGAUAUUUGAGGCAUAUUAUUCCUCUACCGAGCGUCAAAACGUUGCAAAACGUCUUAAAAAAAAUACCUAUGGAACCAGGGCUCAACAAAUCGGUUUUAGAUCAUUUAGUAAUGGCAGGCCAACAUAAAAACGAAAAAGAAAAAGUUUGUGCCUUAUUAUUUGAUGAAAUCGCGUUAAAACCAAGGCUCCUAUAUAAUUCAUCUACCGGAAAUGUAGAAGGUUUCCGAGAUUUUGGAUCUACUGAAAGAUCAAGUGAUAUUGCUGACCAUGCUUUGGUAUUUAUGCUCCAAGGAAUAUACCGAAAAUUCAAGCAACCUAUAGCAUUUUACUUUGUGAAAGGAACUAUUUCCACUGAAAAAUUGUCGGUACUGAUAAAAGAGAUAAUAACUGCCGUAAAUGCUACUGGGCACAAGGUACUGGCUACGGUCUGUGAUCAAGGACCUACAAAUAUGGGCGCCAUAAAAUUGUUGAAAAAAUUUUCCGUACCUUCAAGCGUGUUACAAAACUCAUUCUUUUUAGAUGGGGAGGAAAUAUUUACUCUAUAUGAUAUACCACAUCUGUUUAAAUCGCUGCGAAACAAUUUUCUGAACAAUGGAGUUUUGUCUUGGAAUGGAAAAAAGGCAAAGUGGUCUCACCUCAGGUUGGUCGAGGAAAAAAAUAGAAACUUCCUAUAUUUAUCAAAGGUCAGUCCUGUGCAUGUCUUCCCGAAAUACAGGGCAAAAAUGAGAGUUAAAUAUGCUGCCCAAAUGUUGAGCAACACAGUAGCCGCUGUCCUAAAACUGCUGUCCCAAGCUGAAAGGGAUGAAAGACAAGCUGCUGAGCUGUUAGAAACCGCUGAAGUGGUACAGGAACUUGACCGGUUGUUUGACUUUACCAAUGGACCAUCAUCCGCAGAAGACAUAAAAAAAGGUUUGCGACAAAAUGUUUCGCAAAAAACGACUCAUUUGGAAGAGUGGGCGGCACUUGAAGGAAAGUUAAAAACAGCCAAAUUUCUUAAUACAUUUGGAACUGUCGCCACAAACGUUAAGUGUAUCCAAGGUUACUUGAUGUCAUUACAAUCUCUAAGAGGGAUUUGGCUGAAAACCAGAGCAAUGGGAUUCAAAUACUUAAACUUACGCCAGUUAAACCAAGAUUCUCUGGAGAACUUAUUUGGCGUAAUACGACAACAGAGUCCAACAAAUAGCAACCCUACUUGCACACAUUUUAUGGCAGCCCUGAAGACUGCAGUUGUCACUGGGCUGACGGCCCCCCAUAGUGCAGGAUCAAACUGUCAAAAAGAUAGGAAUAUGCUGCUGACAGACUUUCACAAUUUGGUGUUUGGAUCUCAUGAGUCGAAACCUUCCUCGAGUGAGAAUCCUCAAUCGACUGAAAAUCCACAAGCCUCCAUUGAUGCUGAGAAUGGUGAUGAUUUAAGCGACGAGGAAAUCCCCGUGUUAAGUCUACCGGAAGGGCCGGAAACUAACGAAAUCGAAGAGGAAUUAGUAUCUAUAGAGAACCAAUCAGUUGUAUACGUCAGCGGUUAUUUAGCGUCACGAAUUACCAAAGUGCACGAAUGCGACCAAUGCCGCAACACUUUGACUGUCACCCCAGAUCUAGACGACAUAAAAAAUGAUGACACGUACAGUUAUAUACGUCUAAGAGAGUGGUGGGGCGAAAAACAAUCCCUAACAUACCCCUCAAAGAAUUUAUGUUGUCUAGUAAAACGUGCUACGGAAAUAAUGGAAACCGAUAUUUGCACAAGUCUCCAUAGAAUAGACGUAUUUGUUUAUGCUGUGACUUUAUUCAAUACCGGAUGUGACACCACAUGGUUCGAUUGCGCGUUACACAAGACCUUUGUUUUCGACAACAUCUUCUCCACUAUGGCCCACCUAUUUAUACGACGCCAAUGUCAACGACUUAAUCAAAGUUUGGCAUCCCGAGAAGAAGCGUUAUCGGAUGCUAUUAAAAUGGCACAACAGCAAGGCAAAGCCAAAUAG